GGUCAGGAAUCCCUUGGAACAUUUUACAAGUACCAACGGAAAUCAACAAACGUCAACAUGGUCGACUGGACAACAGCUGAGCGCAGUGCCAUCCUUGGCCUUUGGGGAAAGCUCAACGCUGAUGAGAUCGGAACCCAGGCCUUUAUCAGAUGUCUGGUCGUGUUUCCUUGGACUCAGAGGUACUUCAGCUCCUUCGGUAACCUGUCCACACCCGCUGCCAUCGCAGGUAACCCCAACGUGGCUAAGCAUGGGAGGACCGUGAUGCAUGGACUGGACAGAGCUAUCCAGAACCUGGAUGACAUCAAGAACACCUACGCUCCACUGAGUGUGAUGCACUCCGAGAAACUGCACGUGGAUCCCGACAACUUUAGGCUCCUCGCGGAAUGCAUCACCGUGUGCGUCGCCGCCAAGCUGGGUCCUUCCGUUUUCGAUGCUGACACUCAUGAAGCCUUCCAGAAGUUCCUGCGUGUGGUUGUUUCGGCUCUGGGCAGACAGUACCACUAGAGCACAACUCAAAAACAUCAAUGUGGAAUACAGAUGACACUCCUACUUCAGUCUUUUAGACUGCAAGCCGUGCCAUAUCAAGAAAAUAAUAAAAUGAUUUAAAAGC